AUGGCUUACGGAACGUCCUAUACACUCAGAGGCAACUUCUGGUGUGGGCUAGCUAUCGGAGUCGUCCUGGCGUUCCUAACAGUUAAUAUAAAGUGCCCACAGACGUCACUGACCAAAUCCAGAGGUGGCAAGGGCAAAGUCCAAAACACUGCAGCGGACAGCAUACGUAUGGACAGAGGUUUCCUGGAAAAGGCGAAGGCGUUAUCUCUUAAAAUUGACGACGGACACGGGCCACGCCACCAGAACAUUGACGAAGUAAAACAAAUAAAAUUUGAAGAUUCUAACUUUCAUAAAGAUAACGACACAGUUGCUAGGAACCUACAGAAGAACAUACGAAUAUUGUGUUGGGUGAUGACCAGUCCCCAGAACUUGAAUGUCAAGGCCGUUCAUGUUAAACGCACGUGGGCCAAGCGAUGUACCAUCUUGGUAUUUAUCAGCUCCGCAACAAACACAAGUUUCCCUACCGUCGGGCUUAACGUAUCAGAGGGACGGGAACAUCUCACAGCCAAAACAAUGCAAGCGUUUAAAUACGUUUUUGACAAGCAUUUCAAUGACGCUGACUGGUUUGUUAAAGCAGACGACGAUACCUAUAUGAUACUGGAAAACCUUCGUUAUUUCUUACAGUCAUACUCACGUGAUGACCCAGUCUAUUUUGGACACCAUUUUAAAACUAUAGUGAAACAGGGGUACCACAGCGGAGGAGCGGGGUAUGUCCUGAGUAAAGAGGCGCUCCGGCGCCUGAUUGAAAAGGGUCACGACCCAAAAGUGUGUCGUCAAGAUGGUGCCGGGGAGGAUGCCGAGAUCGGAAAGUGUAUGGAGAAUCUCGGCGUAAGAACGGGCAAUUCUACAGAUGCUUUAGGGAGGAGUAGAUUCCACUGCUUCGACCCCGAAACACACCUAUCGGGAAUAUAUCCAGAUUGGUACUUCAACUAUGACGCGAAUGGAGCUAGGAAGGGAACAGAUAGUAUCAGUGAUUACGCGAUCUCAUUCCACUACGUGCCUCCCCAGAAGAUGUACUUACUGGAGUUUUAUAUAUAUCACUUACGUCCAUAUGGGGUAGAAUCUAGACACCAGCAUCUCAACGUACCCGGACCCUAG